CCACCCCCGCAGGAAUGAUGGCACUGGAUACAGUUCGAAGGACUUAAACGAGUUGGGAAUUAGCUGCCAUCUCCAACAUGCCGUCCAAGCCUGCCCCAAUCAAGAAGGCGGCUAAGAAAGAACCAGCCAAGAAAGAGGAGGCAAAGGCUCCUGAACCCGCCCCGGAGCCCGCUCCUGUGGAGGCCCCCCCUGCUGAACCCGCACCGGCUGAAGCUGCGCCUGCCCCAGCCGAGGGAGAGGCUGCGCCACCUGCUGAAGCUGCUGAGGCACCUGCACCAGAAGAGCCUAAACCACCUACGCCCCCACCACCCAAAGAGCCCACAAGUGCUCCUGUGGAUCUCUUUGUUGAGGAUAAGAACGACACUUCGGUCACUAUCAUUUGGAGCCAGCCAGAGAACAUUGGGCCUUCAGGUCUGGAUGGGUACACCAUUGAAGUCUGCAAGGAUGGAACUGAGGAUUGGAAAGCAGUCAAUGAGGAACUGCAGAAGGCUUCCCGCUUUGUUAUCAAGAACCAAACCACUGGUGACCGCCUGAAGAUCCGAGUGGUUGCUGUGAACGAAGGUGGCCGCAGUCCUCCUGUUAGCCUCCCUGAGCCUGUGUUGGUGAAGGAGGUCGCUGAUCGUCCCAAGGUCCGUCUGCCUCGUUUUCUUAAGCAGAGAUAUGUCGCUAAUGUUGGAGACAAGAUCAAUCUGACCGUCCCCUUCACAGGAAAACCCAAACCUGUGGUCACCUGGACAAAGAACGGGCAGCCCCUUGACACAAAGAGGGUGAACAUUCGCAGCACCGAAAGAGACAGCAUCCUGUUCAUCCGUGCGGCUGAGAGAGAGGACUCUGGAGUGUACGAGAUAUGUGUGAAGGUGGAGGACUUUGAGGACAAGGCUCAAAUUACCCUUCAAAUUGUUGAGCUGCCAGGGCCUCCUGCCAGUGUAAAGAUUGUGGAUACCUGGGGUUUCAAUGUUGCUCUGGAGUGGACUGCACCCAAAGACAAUGGAAACACAGAGAUCACGGGUUACACAGUGCAGAAGGCGGACAAAAAAACUGGCGACUGGUUCACUGUGUUGGAGCAUUACCAUAGACUGAAUGCCACCAUCUCAGACCUCAUCAUGGGCAACACCUACAAGUUCAGAGUGUUUGCUGAAAACAAGUGUGGAAUGAGUGAGAGUGCUGCUGUUACAAAAGACGCGGCCAAGAUCUUGAAGACAGGCAUUGACUACAAGCCUCCUGACUACAAGGAACAUGACUUCAGUGAGGCACCCAAGUUUACCACAUCCCUGGCUGACCGGGCCACUACAGUUGGCUACAGCACCAAGCUGCUCUGCUCCGUCAGGGGAUUCCCAAAACCCAAGAUUCAGUGGAUGAAAAACCAGAUGAUUAUCGGAGAUGACCCCAAGUUCAGGCAGAUCUGUGUCCAGGGUAUCUGCUCCCUGGAGAUCCGAAAGCCUGGCAACUUUGACGGAGGUGUGUACUCCUGCAGAGCCAAGAAUGAUCACGGAGAGGCAACUGUCAGCUGCAAGCUGGAGGUCAAACAGGCAGUGAUUGCAGAUGCCGACAAGAAAUAAGCUGACAUUGUGACGCUCACAGGAAGGUGCUGGAUUCCUGGAAGAACAUGUAUAUAUGGCUGGUGACCACACUGCCUAAUGGAUGUAGACUGAUCUAUCGCCAAGCGCUAACAAAUAUUAUGAUGAACAAUGAAUAAUGAUGAAAAAUAAUUACAAUGAAUAUUAUCGUCACUGUAUCGCUACAACUGCAUUUUUAAGUCCAUAUCCAUGCCCACAAUCAGCUUUUUCCCCAACAACACAGUCUAUGGUAACUAAAUUAUGAAUUCGUCAGACACUGUACUUUCCUAUUUUAUCAUCUAACACCAAGAAUUUUGCAGGAUGGAUCUUCCGUUCCUCGUAGGAGAACUACAUGUAACAUCAAUGAGUUUAUACCAAUAAACUAUUUAAUUUCUGGUUUUAUUUUUUCAAUACAUUGUUUUCUGUAAAUUGUAACCACUGCCAUGUAAUGGCUUCUAUUGUGUACAGCAGUUUAAAUAAACACGUAAUAUUGUGCUAUGAUAAUCUGUGAAAGCUCUACGGAGGAAAAAACAAAGCAGGGAUCAUACAUGGAG